UGUUUUUUAUUAUUUUUUUUUUUUGUUGUUGGUUUUUUUGGCGCCAAAAUCCCAAAAAACAAAAGUUGAAACCAACAAACUUGAACCUUUGAACUGCUCGAUCAAAAAGCCAUGCGACGGACAGCCGGAUCCACGCGCAGUGGUGGUGGCGGUGGUGGUGGUGGUGCUGGUGGUGCUGGUGGUGCUCCACUCGAGAGCGGACGCCGCAGCGGGAGCAUUGAAGACCUGCAUCAUCAACGGUCUGACGACGACGAAGAGGAUCCAAACGAAGCCGCGUUCGAGAGCCACCACAUCAAGACAGGCCACCUGCCCCCGCGGCGCGAGCACGAGGAUGAAGAAGGUGGGGACAGCCAGCACCAUGAAGCCCAGCCGACGGCGAUGCUGCACGGCCAGCCGCCGGAUGGAUCGCGCGAGCUGCUCCAAGCCGCUGCAGAGCACUCGCUCAGCUUCAACGACACGGACAACGCCGUGUUCCUCGCCCAGCGCUUGUUCGAGCUCUACCCGACGCAUGCUGAGUCGGUACUGACGCUGGCCACAUGCCUGCACCGCGCCGGAGAGCGCAAGAGGGCACAGGCUCUGCUGGCCGCCUCUCCCUUCGCAACGCACCUGAUCCCUGCAGCGAGGCGAGCAGCAGCGUCGGCGUCGCCAUCGGGCGAUCGCGAGUGCAUCGUCUUGCAACAGUGCCGGUUGCUGCUGGCCAGACUCUAUAUCGAGCACGGAGAGUAUGCCGCCGCCGAAAGCACACUGACUGGGAACGCGCUCCCGAACGCGAUGCGCGCAGCCUUGCUCGAGUCCAAGUCCAUUCGCGCCGCAUUCAGCGCCAAGUCGACCAACCCAGUGCUCAUUGCUGCACUUGACGCCACGUUCUUUGGCUCUGAUGAGAUUCCGGCGGCCAAUCUCCGUUCGGGUGACGCGCAAGAACCGCCAGCAGCCGUCCGUCGCCGCCUCGUUGCCAGCUCUCCGAUCGGCUGGAGCAGUGAAAAGCUGGGCUCGCGCUCAGACGACGCACCCGAUGCCGUCCAGCAGCGCCUGACUCGCGCAGCAGCGUUGCAUCUGCUGGGCCAAGUCUGUGUUCGAACCAAUCGCAUUCCGUCCGCCGUCGAAUGCCUCCGCUUGGCCGUAUCGCUCAAUCCGUACUCGUGGUCGAGCUUUGAAUUGUUGUGUCAGCUUGGCGAGACGUGCGAUCCCGUUUUCGUCUUCCCCAGCAACUCGAGCGCCGCGUCGUCAUCGCGAACCUCGCCAACCCGCAGCGUUGCACUACAGUCCACCGGAGCAUUCUCAACCCCGGCCACUUCUGGGCGCGCAACAGACAGCACUUAUUGGGAUGCUGGAGUGACUCGUCGAAGCUCGCCAUUGGCCGUUUCCACCGUUCACGACCUGCCCUUUUUCGCCGAUACGAGCGUUGCUCGGCAGUUCUUGCUCACGUCCAGUCUCGCACAACAGCCAUCUGCAGUUCUUCUCGGGCGGCUUGAUCCCGAAGGAGCAGAGCGGCCUUCCGCCCGCGACGACACUGCUGCAGGUGCCACGACUGCUGCUGCGGAUGCAGACGCGCUCCGAACGCCAGUCUCCUCGAAGCGUUCGCCCGAGCGAUCCACAGUGCUCGCGAAAACGUCUCCAAAACCCUCCGCGACGCCGGCUGCUCGGGGUCAAGAAUCUGCAGAGGCGCCUCAGACGACUCGGAAGUCAAUGUCCGGUCGAGCAGGAACGUCGGGUCCCACCAGUGAAGCUUCUGCGCCCGCUUCUUCUUCAACGAUUCGCCGGAGCUCGCGCAUUUCCUCGGCGACAGAGGACGACCUGCUGACCACACCCCAGCCAUCGGCGAGAUUGUCGGGCAAUUUCCGCACUCCCACCGAGACCGCGCAGGCAACAGAGGCGCCGACUGGACCUCCGGCCAUCAAACGUGCGUCCCGCCAGUCGACUCAGGCAAGCACCUCCACCGCCGCUGCGCCUGCUCCUGCUGCUGCGGCUGCGGCUUCUGGCGUGUCCAAUGUUCGCCGUCACACCAUCGGCAAGGCCGUCAUUGCAUCGACCACCUCGGCCGCGCAGAAAAGCGGCGGCGCGCCGUCCCGAGCAGGAAAUGCUGGUCGUAGCAUCUCUGCGCCUGUGGCUGCUGCAGCCGUUGCUAGUUCAUUGGCUGCAACAACACCUAUUAUGGCGCCGGCACCUCGCAAAGCGGGAACCCGUGCCGCCGUCGUCAGCAGUGGCGCUGCCGCAUCCACCCCUUCUAUCUCGUCUGGCGCGACUGGUUUGGGUCGUGCCGGUAGCACUGACUCGUUGAAUGAUGAUUCAAUCGACGCUGCCGACGACCGUGCUCCGCCAAAUGCCGCUGCUGCACUUUUCGUCGAUGAUGCUCACGCCCCUCCCGCCAGUAGCAGCGGCGUGAGUGCUCGGGCGCCUCAGUUCCGCAUCAACGAAGGCGAGCUGACGCGUGCUGCCAACUUUGUGAUGCGACUGUUCGCUGCCAUUGCGGAAGGUGUGCUCGCUCUUCACCAGUACGAUCCCAAGCGCAGUCUUCGCGCGCUCAAGCGACUCCCAGUCGUUCAUUUGCAGACAGCAUGGGCUCAGGCGCUGGUCGGACGAGCGUACUUUGAGCUGGCCAACUACAAACAGGCCGUUGUCCACUUCUCUCGUGCGCAUGCACUUGAUCCGUCUUAUCUGACGGGCAUGGACUAUUACAGUACUGCCUUGUGGCACCUGGGUCGCGGAGCCGAGCUCUCGCAUCUCGCUCUGGAACUGGGCCAGCGAUUUCCCACGAGCGCAGAGGCGUGCUGCGUUCUCGGCAACAACUUUUCGCUUCAACGCGAAAACGAAAGCGCCAUCAAGAUGCUUGAGCGCGCUUGCAUGCUGACCAAAACCAACGCCUAUCCCUUCACGCUCCUUGGUCAUGAAUUUGCCCACGAGAAUGAUUACGAGCGAGCCCUUGCCUUUUUCCGAACUGCCGUGCGCAUCGACGCUCGUCAUUACAAUGCAUGGUACGGUAUGGGUGUUAUUUACUUUAAGCAAGAACGCCUGGAAAUGGCCCUGUACAACUUUGAAAAGGCCCUCUCGAUCAAUCAGAACAAUCCUGUUUUGUAUUGCUACCUCGUGAUGGUCUUGCAAACCAAUAAGCAAUUUGCCGAGACCCUGCCAUUGUUGCACAAGGCUCUUGUAAUCGACCCCACCAACUUGUUGGCAAAGUUCACUCUUGCAACAAGCCACUUUUUGAUGAACAGCGACACGGAGGCGCUUGGCGUCCUGCUGGAACUUGUGGACAAUGCGCCGCACGAGGCAUCCGUGCACAUGCUGCUGGCCCGCGUGUACAAGCGAAUGAAUCAGGCGACUCUUGCAGCCCGACACUGGAGCUGGGCUAUGGAUCUCGAUCCGCGCGGUGUUGCUGCAGGUGGCGCCGCCAGCACUACGGAGGGCGCUGCAGCCGUGGCGGUCGCUUCUGCUGCUGCCGCCGCCGCUUCCGCUGCCUCAGAGCCCUCAGGAGCGAGCGUUCAAGCUUCUGUCUCGGGCGGCUCAGGUAAUCUCACCGGUGGCGCCAGACACGCGGGCUCGUCGGGCGCGGAUCGCGGCGACGCUGAACCCGCCGAAUACUCGAGCUUCCUCGAGCAGACAAUGAUGGAUCUUUCAGGUCCCGGUUACUCUGUGGGAAUCAGUCCGCGCAGAAACGACUCUCCGGCAAACCUCCUGCGCGCCAAUGACUCGCCUCGUGCUGUGCGGCGGCGACCGAGCGUCGAUUCUGUCUAAAACAAGCCCCCUCCACACCAGAGUUUGGGAUUUGGCAACAACAACAAACAGCAACCGCAGCAGCAGAAAUGUAAUUUGCUACUUGUUUUUGAAUUUCCAAAAAUUACAUUAGAUGAAAGUACAAAAUCAA